CCCAAUGCCAUUUUCCCAUAUUACCCUUCCUUCAAGUAACCAAAACCUUCACACCCAAUAACCAUUUGCCACGUACACAUCUUACCCGCCAUAAAACGGUGGGCGAAAUUUCAGUACAAGUUUAACUUCAAAACCCCUGAAACCAAUUUAAAACCCCACCUGACUUCACAGAUUCCCAUUUUCACUUCCUCUCUUUUUCCUGUUUUGAUUUGUUCUGUUCGAGGUAAUUGAGAUGGGAUACAAUACAAUGAAGUAAACUAAACUCUUUCAAGUAGGAUAACUGACUGCUCACUCGUCAUUAUCAUCAUCAAAUUCUUUUUUAGACUUAAUCACUAAGAGAAAUUUCACUAACCAAAUCUGAUACAUUUCUUGGAAUCCAAACAUAAAACCGUUCUUUCAUUUUGUUUUCUCAUUUUCAAGAGAAAUGGAUGCAAGAGAUGCACUGCAACAUGGGCAUUCAAACAUUUUAAUGGGGUCCUUUUCUUUCGCUGGCAAUACCACCAUGAUUCCGCCUCCGUCUUCCGCAGCAGAUGCCGCUAGCAGGUUCCAGUUCAACUCUCUGGCCCCACCGUCUCCAUCACCGUCACAAUCACAACCUCGUCCUCACUCUAGGCUGCUUGAUUCGCUUACUGCUGCCAACCCUUUUGAUGGAUUACAGUCUUCGAGGGCAGGUGGUGCGGGGUUUGCCAUUGAUUCUUCCAAGAAGAAGCGUGGCAGGCCAAGAAAGUAUGCCCCCGACGGCAACAUUGCCCUCAGACUAGCUCCCACCGAGUCGCCAGCUUCACAUAGGGGAGAUUCUGGUGGUGGGGGUGACACGUCAGCAUCCGAGCCUCCGGCUAAGAGGAACCGGGGCCGGCCACCGGGUACGGGGAAAAGGCAGCUGGACGCAUUGGGAGGAGUUGGAGGGGUGGGUUUCACCCCUCAUGUCAUUACAGUGAAAGCCGGCGAGGACAUAGCAGAAAAAUUAAUGGCAUUUUCACAGCAAGGACCUCGGACAGUAUGUAUUCUCUCCGCAAAUGGUGCCAUCUGCAAUGUUACCCUUCGCCAACCUGCAAUUUCUGGUGGUACUGUGACUUAUGAGGGACGAUUUGAAAUUAUUUCACUAUCAGGCUUCUUCCCGCUUUCUGAAAACAAUGGUAGUCGCAGCAGGACUGGUGGACUAAGUGUGUCCCUUGCAGGAUCAGAUGGUCGAGUUUUGGGUGGUGGAGUUGCUGGAAUGCUAUUGGCAGCAUCUCCUGUGCAGGUAAUUUUGGGAAGUUUUAUCACGGAGGGGAAAAAAUCCAACCCAAAUAAUUUGACAUCUGGUCCAUCUUCAUCAACAGCACCUCAUAUGUUGAACUUUGGUGCACCUGUGACAUCUAGUCCUCCCUCUGAUGAACGCUCAAGUGAUUCUUCAGAUGACAAUGGCAGUAGCCCUCUUAACAGAGCCAGUGGGCUUUUCAGUAAUCCUUCUCAGUCGUAUCAUAAUAUGCAUAUGUACCAUCAUCUAUGGUCUGGCCAAGCUUCGCAAUGAAGACGAAGCUGUGAUAAUGCUACUGACAUAGUAAUUGAACUUGCAUAGUGGAUAGAUCAUAUCACUGAAAUACAAAUGGUAGAAGAUCUUCUGUCUUUCCCAUUUAGAUUGGGUAUUUGUAUAAUUCUCUUUAGUCAUAGUCCUCUUUUGCAUCUCUGUUUGAUGCAAUAGCUACUGUUGACAGAUGAGGAAGUGCAGCCUGUUUAUUUAUUGUUUCUUCUCCUUUGACCUCAAUGAUCAUCGUAUGGUUGAUUAUCAA